UUGACUGGAUCAACAGACGUGGAACGUUCGGACCUCGCAACCAGUGGUGGCGGUGGCGGUGGUGAUGCUGCUGCGGAUAAAGGAGCUCCGUGCAAACCCGUGUAUCACAAAAGAUUACACGAGACAAAGGAGCCCAUAUGCUGGACGCGUGCUAACACGGAUCCUCGAAUGCGACGGCUACCCAUGGUUGAGGAGCGUGAGUUUCGACUGCAUGAUCUUGUUUCCGGCAUGGGCCAAUACGCGUGA